GGAAGUGGUGCAUGUUUGGUAGUUUAAUGGUGUUACUGUCAUGUUUAAUAGGCUAAAAUAAUUAGAGCAAAAUAAUAGUGACGUUUACAACACAUGUAGGCAAUAGCUAUACUUUUAGGUUAAAUGAGAGAAAGACAAAUUCAAAUGUUAACAUAUUUUCUAAUAUAUUUAAGGCUAAAAGUGUUUAAAUGUACUCCACAGGGUGUUGCCAGCAUUCCUGAUAAGGUUAUAUAGUAGUACUAUUUGUGUCUCUCUUAUAAUUUUUUUUUUUAAAAAGAAAACCUCAACUUGUGCAAGUAGUAAAUGUGCAGACGUCAAGGCUUUACAUGAUGACAAAUGUUACUUAGCAUGGAAAAAAUAGAAUCCUAUGGUAAGAGAAAACUGGUAAAACGUGGCUUUCAAGUAUGGACAUCUAUGCAAAAGGGUGCAGUGAGUAGAGCAAUAUAAGAAGGGAAUGAUGGGUGGUUAAAUCACUGAAAUUGUGAUCCUAAUCCUAAUAGAAGAAAAAUGAUGGGCAUUGAAUCGACGGGGAGUAAAUGGCUUGGGUUGGUGGCGGCGGUGUGGAUACAAGCAAUCUCCGGCAACAACUACACUUUCUCGAAUUACUCGGACGCUCUGAAAUCCCUCAUGAGCCUAACCCAAAUCGAGCUCAACAAUCUGUCCGUGGCCAAGGAUGUUGGCAAGGCUUUUGGGCUUCUGGCUGGGCUGGCCUCAGACAAAUUCCCGACUUGGGCCAUUCUCCUCAUUGGGUCCCUCCAAGGCCUUAUCGGCUAUGGCGUCCAGUGGCUCGUCGUCAGCCAGAGAAUCCAACCCCUCCCAUACUGGCAGAUGUGCGUAUUCCUCUGCAUUGGUGGCAACAGCACUACCUGGAUGAACACCGCCGUUCUAGUCACAUGCAUCCGCAACUUCCGCCGCAACAGAGGCCCCGUUUCCGGCAUUCUCAAAGGCUUUGUCGGUUUGAGCACCGCCAUAUUCACCGACCUCUGUUCCGCUCUCUUCGCCGACGACCCUGCUUCCUUUCUCCUCAUGCUCGCCCUCAUCCCUUUCGCCGUUUGCCUCUCCGGAAUGUUUUUCCUCCGUGAGAUUCCUCCCGCCGCCACCAACGACCAGGAAGAGUCUACUUAUUUCGCGGUUUUCAACGCGGUUGCCGUGGUCGUCGCCGUUUACCUCUUGGCUUUCGGGUUCGUGCCGAACCCUAGCGCUCUGGUGUCUCGGGCAUUCGCCGUGGUUUUGCUACUUCUGUUGGUGGCGCCGAUGGGAAUCCCGGUCCACUCUUACUUGAAGGCACGAAGGCAGGACGAGCGGUUCAAACCGAAUUUGGAGGAGCGGGUUGACGAACCGUUGAUUCGCGGAAAAGAGAAGGGGAGUGAAAGUGAGGUGGAGAGAGGGAAUGUAUUAGCGGAAGAGGCGGCGGCGGAGGGAAUGAGUGGACCGGCGGUGGGGGAGGAGCACACGAUAUGGGAGGCUCUGAAAACGGUGGAUUUUUGGAUUUUGUUUGUUUCGUUUCUCUGUGGGGUUGGAACGGGUUUGGCGGUUAUGAAUAAUAUGGGUCAAAUCGGUUUGGCGCUGGGUUAUUCGGAUGUGUCUCUCUUUGUAUCCUUGACUAGUAUUUGGGGCUUCUUCGGUCGGAUCGUCUCGGGUUCGGUUUCGGAGCACUUCAUCAAGAAAGCUGCAACUCCUAGACCACUUUGGAAUGCAGCCUCUCAAAUUCUGAUGGCGGUGGGAUACAUACUCCUGGCAAUGGCUAUGCCAGGUUCCCUUUACAUAGGGUCCGUUGUGGUUGGCAUAUGCUACGGGGUGAGGCUUGCCAUUACUGUGCCAACUGCCUCGGAGUUAUUCGGCCUCAAAUAUUAUGGUCUUAUAUACAACAUUCUCAUUCUUAACCUUCCCCUUGGCUCUUUCCUCUUUUCUGGUCUUCUUGCUGGCAUUCUGUAUGAUAUGGAGGCGACUACCACCGUAGGAGGAGGCAACACUUGUAUUGGAGCUCAUUGCUACAGACUAGUAUUCAUCAUCAUGGCUGUAGCUUGUGUUGUUGGCUUCUUCUUAGACAUUUUAUUGUCAUUCAGAACUAAGAAGGUUUACAACAAGAUCUCCUCCAGCAAAAACUCCAACAAAAACUCUCUGAAUUCAAGUAGGCGAUGAUCCAAAAUGGCCCAUAUAAAGAGGGUAUGACACUUGCGUUGACCAGCAUUUUGCACAAUGGUAUCCUAAUUUCCAUUGGUAUGGUAUGGUUAUCACUAACCUUUUUCCUUUUGGUAAUAAAGGCUGGCUAAUUUGUUUGUACAUCCAUUUUGAGUGCUCUGUAGCAAUAGUUGUCAAAAUGUUAUAGUAGCAAUUUGUUGAAGAAAAUGUUGUCAAAGAUUUUCCAUGGAUGGAAAUAUUUUGCAAUUUCUUCUGUGUUGAUUUAUUGUUCUGCUAUUUUAGCCAGGUGUCAAAAGUAUUGCAUAGACUUUACUCAAA